GAUUAUAGCUAUUGGAAAGAGAAAUGGCCUAUUUUAGUGAAAUUUGUAGAAUUUGUUUAUGCGAUAAUGUACGCAUGUAUGUACUAAAGAAGACUGGUCUCGAAAAUUUGUACAAAACAUUGACGAAUAGUUUUAUGGACGAGGAUGAGGAGCCCAUAAUUAUCUGUUUCACCUGUCAUGCAAGACUCAUUCGUUGCAGAACAUUACAACAACAGGCUAUUGAGUCAAAUGCAAUUCUGGAGCAGUUGCUUGCAGGAGGGUCCAUGUCAAUACCAAAUCAUCAUGAGGCUAGAGAUAAGAUUCAAUUCACACCAAUUACUCAUAUAGAUAUCAGGCCAGUAGAGUGUGAUGUAGAAAAUAAUUGUAAGGACGAUAUGUUUAGCCUUGAAUCUGUAAAAGUUGAAGAAGAGAAUUUCGAAAUUGAGAAUUCCACAUUUGAAGAAUAUGGGAAUCAUGAAAUAGAGAGUGCUGAAAAACAAGAAGAUUUGGAGAUUGAUGCUUUUGAAGAUAGACAUACGGAUUCGGAGAACGACUUGCCGCUAAUUGCAUUUGGUUCAAAAAGUAAAAAAGACGACGAUGACAAAGGUAAAUUAAUUUAUGUUAAAAAAUAUGUAUCAAAAAAUAAAAAGAAAUCACCACCAAUUCCUCUUGCAUCAUGUAGUUGUACGAGGGCUGCACUAAAAGUAUCGGGAAUUGAAUAUUUCCACUGUUCUUGUGAUUAAAAUCUUUUUAAUUGAAAACCUCUUGGUUUUAAAAAUCGAAUACCAUUUAUUUAUUUAAAAAAAGAUUCUCGGUCUUUUCACAAGGUUUUGUCAAACUUGUUUAGUCGUUGAGAAAAUGGAAUUGACUCGAGAAAAUUCAAGAGCGAUGAUUUAUUAUGACCUUCGAAGUGAUUUAACACAAAAACAGUGUGUUGACCGGAUGAUUUCAGCAUUUGGUGAUGAAGCCCCAUCCAAAACCACAAUUUAUCGCUGGUUUGCUGAAUUUCAACGUGGACGUGUCAAGCUCAGUGAUGAUCCCCGUCAAGGUCGUCCAAAAACUGCAGUCACCCAAGAAAAUGUUGAUGCUGUGCGUAAGCUGAUUGAGGAAGAUCGACAUGUGACAUACCGCGAAAUUCAGGCAACUUUAGACAUUGGCAUGAGUCAAAUACAAAUAAUCUUGCAUGAACAAUUAGGUGUAAAAAAGUUGUUUUCCCGAUGGAUACCGCAUUCGCUCUGUGAAGAGCAAAAAGCGGCUCGCGUUACUUGGUGCGUCAGAACUCUCGAAAGAUUCCACGCAGGAUCCUCAAGUGCUGUAUACAACAUCGUAUCAGGUGACGAAUCCUGGAUAUACGCGUACGAACCCGAAACAAAAAACCAGUAUCUAGUUUGGGUGUUCGAAAAUGAGUUAAAGCAACGCGUAGUGUUUCUAUAUAGUUUGUGGUUAAAGCCAACAAAAAUUGUUCGUUCACUGAGUGUUGCAAAAAAAUGGUGGCCACGUUUGUCUCCAACACCGUAUCAUCCUCCAUCACGACAAUGCGAGUUCUCACACCGCACACAGAACAAAAGAGUUUUUAGAGCAAGAAAACAACAUUAUACAUACAAAAAAAAUUAUUAGACAAUCCGCCGUACAGCCUCGACCUAAGCCCUAAUGAUUUCUAUACUUUCCCUAAAAUAAAGAAUAAAUUGCGUGGAUAGAGAUUUUCAUCACCUGAAGAAGCUGUGGACGCCUACAAAACGGCCAUUUUGGAGACUCCAACUUCCGAAUGGAAUGGUUGCUUCAAUGAUUGGUUCCAUCGUAUGGAAAAAUGUGUCAAAUUUCGCGGAGAAUACUUCGAAAAGCAAUAAAUACAUUUUUAAAUAGUAACAGUGGUAGAGCCACGCGGCGGCUUUUGCUGUCGCACGGAUGGGCCGGCUCGAACCGGGGUGGUACCACGACCUCACAGAAUACCAACGUGAAGUAGAGGUUUACCUCUGCGUUUCGCUUGGUGAGUGCAGGUGGCCGGAGGCCCUUUUUACUGGAAAUGAGGCAUUCCAUCUUAGUCCUCACGGGUGACAACGCAUCUGCAUUUUGAUUCGCAAACGAGGAUAGAUGUAGAUGUCUAUGAGCCGCAGCAACCACUUACCAUCAGGUGGACUGUGUGCUUGUUUGUCACCCUUAUCUUAUAAAAAAAAAAAACUUCACUAUUUAAAACGUCACUUCCUUGAUUCCCGAAAUUUUCAGUGCCGCCCUCGUACUACAUGUAAUACUACAUGUACUGUAGAGAUGUACUAUACAUACAAAAUUUUGUUCUUUAAUUACUUAAUUACUUUAGUCACAUCUAGGUUCCGCAAUAAAAUAUCGUGCGCCCAGCUAUACGAGCGGUUAUCAGCUAGUGUUUAAUAUAAUGGAUUUUCGCAAUGUAACGCCUGAUUGUAUUGAUAAUCUUUUUGUCUUGCCUUUUUAUUUUUAGGAUGUGAGUAGGAGGGGUGAUCCAAAAGUAAUUAUUGAUAGUGAAUAUUAAACACGGUGAUUAUUGCUAAAAAAAAAAAUUAUUUUUCCACAUAGUCUUAACAAGUCAACGCAUUUAGUCCAUUUUUGUAAUAAUCCCAGAAUUCUCUUAGAAAUAAAUCUUUCUUAAGUUUCGCUAUCGUCUUGCAAAUGUCUUGCCUCGAAGGUGUUCCUUAAGUCGAGGAAAUAGAUAGAAGUCACUGGGAACCUAGAUCUGGUGAAUAGGUUGGGUGUUCAAACAGUUCAAAUCCCGUUUGGCAGCCAUCGCAACUGCGGCUUUGUGAGCCGGAGCGUUGUCUUGUUGAAACAGCACUCCAUCUCGUCUCAUCGUCUUUUUCUUUGAUAGCUUCCUGCAAUCUUCUUAUUUGGCCUGCGUAGUCGAGAGUAUAAGCCCGAAAUAAUGGCUCCCUUUUCCAAAUAUUCCACCAUAAUUAUUCCUUCAAAAACGGACGCCAUAACCUUUCCCGCCGAACUUGGCACUUUGAAUUUCUUUGGCGUCUGGAGGAGGCUCAGUUCCAAACCAUUGAUUGUUGUUUGGUUUCAGGAUCGAAAUGGUAGAUCCAGGUAUCGCUCAUGGUCACAAAACGUAAUAAAAAAAAUCUGAUCUGCUUGGAACCUUUCGAGAUUAACCCUCGAUAUGUCGACUAAUUUUUUCUUUUGCUCGUCGGUGAACGUUCUCGGUACCCAACGCGCAGAGACCUUUUUGUUAUGCAAUUAGUUCGCAACGUUUCUUUGAACACUGUCACAUGAGAUCCCUGUGACGUCAGCUAUAUGCCUGAUGGUCACUCUUCGAUCUACCAAUACGACGUCUUCGACUCUUUUCACUUUAUCUUCAGUUAGGGAUGUGAAUAGGCGUUCAUCUUCCGUGGAUGUUCUGCCCAUUUGAAACUCCUUAGCCUAGCGUGCAACUGUGGAAUAUGGAGGAGCAGAGUCCCUCUAAUGUUUCACCAAGUCACUGUGUAUAUCUUUGGUAGACAUUUUUUAAACAGAGAGAGCUCAUUAAAUUUUUCUCCAUUUUGUAGUUGUCUCUUUGAUGAUUCGUAUUCAAAUGAAUGUACCUCUCGAGAAUCGUAGCCUAUUUAUUUAGACGUUUGGCGCGUAAAAAUUAGAAUGGCCUAGCACUUGACUUGACGGGUUAGCAAAAAUCAAUAUUUAAGGUUAACUGAGGUGGUAGGUGUAGCCUAAUGCUAUAUUAUUCCUAUACUAUUUCUCAUGUAAAAACCCUUCCACUUUAUUAUAUUAGUAUAGAUUACAAAGUUAUAAUGCAGUUAUUGUGUUAUGUUCUUGUUACUUUUAUGUUUAUGUCACUACUCCUUAGGUGUCGUUCCAAGCUUAUGGAAAACAGCCUUAGUGCAUACGAUUCCUAAUAAAGGCUGAAACCUAUCCAACUAUAGGCCUCACGCGGUACCAUGAAGAGCAUAAGCUGAUUAGUGACCUUCAAUACGGUUUCCAUCGAAGCUGUUAGGAUCGAUUGGACGGAAACGGCGUGUAUGUAUGUAUGUAUACAUACAUACAAAAUACAUACAUACCUACUUACAAAUUAACUAUUUUAUUGGUGCCAGUGGAGGAGGGACCUGAGUUGCUAGCAUACUGUGUAAUUUUACGGCAAACAAAAAAGCCUCCGAGCUACCAGGGCUUGUUAUGAAUCUUUGUAUGGCCUGCAAAUAAUUCCUCUAUCUUAAUCUUCCCGUAAACUUCCUCUGCUGAACAGGGAAGAAUCUCUCCCAAUGUAGGGAGAAUUUGCCUUGAGCGUCACGCUUGGCAUAAGACUGACGAUCGCAGAACCAGACGUGAGCACCUCUGGCAAUGUCGCCUGGCGCCGGUCUGGAUAUUUUACAUCUGAAGUAAACGAGCUGGUUAUACCGCCAUCUGUCGGAAGUCAUCGGAUUUUUCUGGCAAACCCAAAGUCGCCUCUUACGAAACCCACGGGACAACAUGUAACGAUGAAUUCUCUUAUCCCUCACUUACACGCCAACAUCGACUGUACUGUGUGUAUAACACUAGUUCUGUGUGGAGUUCGAAACAGCAAUUAUUAGAUUAAUGUAAUUAUAACAUGGUCAGAAGAACCAUUCUUUCCUAUCAAAAAAGAAAAUGAGAAACAUUAUUCGGAGUAAUUGGCUAAAAUACUUUAUAUCUAGCAACAUUAUUUAGUAUAAUUAUGUAAAAUAUUAUAAUUUCUCUAUUUUUGCAUGGGUUAACCGAUAGAGAAUGCCAUAAGGCUUAAACUCCGCCCAUUGUAAACCGUUUAAGGUGUCUUGCAAUAAAGAUGCAAUAAGUUACAAUAAAUAAAAAGUUUAACUACGACAAAUAAUUUUUCAGAAACUUCUGAAAAGAAGAUUAAAUCAAAUUCUACUGAUUGUAACAUAAACGAUGUUCGUGGAGAAAACCUCGAUUUUGAAGGCCCUACUAUUAAAUCAAACCCU